AUGAGGCUUCCACCCCUCAAUGUCACCUCAGCAUGGCCACAACCGAAUUACACGAAUCCCGAGCACCGAGGCCCCGGACUACUCAUUGUGGAGUUGUUAACUUUGAGCAUCGCUCUGACGUGUCUUGGGUUGCGUAUGUACGUCAGACUGGUCAAAAUACGAUUAACUUGGUGGGAUGACUGGAUGAUGGUGGGGGCCGCAGUGUUCUGCAUAGGAGUAACCAUGUGCGUUAUACUCGCAACGGAACUAUAUGGCUGGAGCAUUCACAUUUGGGAUGUACCAUCGAGGAAGAUAACCCAGAGUCGCCAGGUCUCAAUAGCAGCGCAGACCCUGUUUCUCUUCGCCUCUGGUCUAUCGAAGCUAUCGAUAUUGGCGAGCUACCUCCGAAUAGCCGUCCCCGGUACUUGGUUCUCUCGCCUCACCUGGGUCACUGGAGUUAUCGUCUUCAUCCUGAUGUGGACUUUCUUGGCUAUUUUGUGGACUCAAUGCGGACCAAUCUGGCAUUACUGGACUCUUUUUGCCAACUGGGAGGGCAACUGCAUACAAGAAUGGCCACCUCUCGCCGGCCAUGGGAUCACAACCGUGAUGACCGAUAUCGCCGUCUACCUUUUGCCGAUUCCCACCCUGUUCAAGCUGCAGAUGCCCCUGAUGCAACGGAUCAGCUUGGUGGUACUUGUCGGUAUCGGCUUGCUGGUGGUAGCUGCGGGGAUCUUACGCACUUACUGGGUGUUGUACGUCGAGAUCAACAUCGUGAAGGACCCUACCUAUGACUUGACAUGGGACUCCUACAAUAUCUGGAUCUGGACGGCCCUAGAGGUCAACCUCGCCAUCAUUUGCGGUUGCGCUCCCGCAAUACGACGCUUCUUUACCAAAACCGGAAACCAGACUCCGUUCAAAGUCAGCAAUUCGGUGCACACGAUAGGCUCUUCGGGUAUCAAGAGAUGGAGUCGUACGAAAAGGCCUAUGCGACGUGAGAAUGUGGAAGAUCACGGACUGGGUUCUUUCGAGUCUUUGGAAUCGAAUGACACGUCUGAGAUAGAGCUUGUGCAGUCGCAAGAAGAGGCCGAGAAAUCAUAA